CUUUAAGUAGGUAUCUCUCUUUAACUUACAAUAAUAAUUAGCCAUUGCUAUUGAAACUGUCCUCACAUAGUUCAAAACUUCCACGCUUUGAGAAAAUGGAGUAUCCUCAGAGAUCUCUCAGUGUUGAUCCCAGAAGCGGUUUCUGCAAAUCAAACUCUACAUUCUAUAGCAAACGCAACCCACUGAGUCUCCCGCCAAAUCCUUCCAUUGACGUCACAACUUUCAUCUCCUCUCUGCCUCACCGCGGCACCACCGCCUUCAUCGACGCCGCCACGGGCCACCGUUUAAGCUUCUCCGAUCUUUGGAGAGCCGUCGAUCGUGUCGCUGACUUUCUUUAUCACGAAAUCGGAAUAAGAAGAGGUGACGUCAUCCUCAUCCUCUCUCCAAACUCAAUCUACAUUCCCGUCGUCUGCCUCUCCGUCAUGUCUCUCGGCGCCGUCGUCACCACCGCCAACACUCUCAACACCGCCGGUGAGAUCUCUAAACAGAUCGCCGACUGCAACCCAACUCUCGCGUUCACCACGCGCCAGCUGGCACUCAAACUCGCGGCCGCUGUCUCCGUCGUUCUCACCGACGACGGCGAGGAGGAGCCAUCCCUCGGAGUUAGGGUCGUCGGAAUUUUAAGCGAGAUGAUGAAGAAAGAACCGCGUGGUCAACGAGUCAGAGACCGAGUGAACAAGGACGACACGGCGAUGAUGCUUUACUCGUCGGGGACGACAGGACCGAGCAAAGGAGUGAUCUCGUCUCACGGUAAUUUAACCGCUCACGUGGCGAGACACCUCUCCGAUAAACUGAAACAAGAAGACGAGAUAGUCCUCUGCACCGUUCCAAUGUCCCACACUUAUGGAUUACUAGGCUUCGCCAUGCGGACCGUAGCAUUGGGAACGACGGUGGUGGUCCUCCGAAGAUUUGAGCUUCACGAUAUGUUAGAUGCUGUGGACAAGUUCAAAGCCACAAGUCUAAUAAUGGCGCCGCCGGUUUUAGUAGCUAUGAUCAACGGUGCAGAUCUGAUCAAGGCCAAGUACGAUCUGAGCUCGCUGAGGUUGGUGAGGUGUGGUGGGGCUCCGUUGAGCAAGGCGGUUACGGAAGGGUUUUUAGAGAGAUAUCCGUCGGUUGAGAUACAUCAGGGGUAUGCGUUGACGGAAUCAAACGGCGGAGGGGCUAACUCGGGUCUUGCAGAGGAGGAGGCUCCUCUACGGAAAUACGGCACGGCGGGGACGUUGACGUCUGAUGUGGAAGCGAGAAUAGUGGAUCCGAAUACGGGUCGGGUCAUGGGAGUUAAUCAAACCGGUGAGCUCUGGCUCAAGGGCCCUUCUAUUUCUAAAGGUUACUUUAGAAACGAAGAAGCUACAAAUGAAACCAUCAAUGGAGAAGGAUGGCUAAAAACGGGAGACCUCUGCUAUAUUGAUGAAGAUGGGUUUCUUUUUGUUGUUGAUCGACUCAAAGAACUGAUCAAAUACAAAGGCUAUCAGGUGCCUCCAGCUGAACUAGAAGCUCUUUUGAUCACUCAUCCAUGCAUUAUCGAUGCAGCCGUCAUCCCGUUUCCGGACAAAGAAGCAGGACAGUAUCCAAUGGCCUACGUGGUGAGAGUGUCCGAAAGCAAUCUAUCCGAGAAACAAAUCAUUGACUUCAUCUCUAAACAGGUGGCACCAUAUAAAAAUAUAAGGAAGGUUGCAUUUAUAAAUUCCAUACCAAAGACUGUAUCCGGUAAAACACUUCGCAAAGACUUAAUCAGACUGGCAACUUCCAAACUUUAAAAGGAUCUCUUUGCUAGAUUCUUAUUUUUACCGAUUGUAUUGUUUUUCUCAAUAAGAGAGGAUUUUCUUUUUUUUUUAAGAAAUUGUUUGCUAAGCUGAUAUUGAAUAAGUUGGAAGGAGACUCAUAUAAAACAAAAUGUUGAAACAGUUUGCUAAUUGAUGUUUUCUUUUGA